GCUAAGCGCACGUUAGUAUAAGGCUCACGUGGAGCCUCGACAAAUGUAGAGUAAGCGCAUUUUAGCAAAUAUGCUUCCCUGUUCUCAGCUCAUAGACUAAAGAGGUUUCUUCUGUCUGCGAUUCCAUUCUCCGUCUUCGAUUCUUGCUUUUGGUGGUGUAUAUCCUGACUAGGAGAGAUCCAGGAUAUGCCUAAGAUAGAGAUUGUGUUAAAUGGAAGGAAAACGCCUCCGUCAUUAGUGGAUCUAUGUGUUAAGACGGCAAUAGAUAAUGUAAGGUACCUUGGGGAUGUUGGUGAAACAGAUCUAGAUCUCCUUGACCGAAUUUUAGCACACUGUACAGUUGACCAAUUGAUGCAUGUGGAGAAGUGCUCAGAAGGAAGAGAUCUAAGUCCAGUUACUGACAAGUUGUGGAAGAAGUUUUAUGAAAAGCAGUUUGGUGCAAAAAACACAGAGCACGUAGUGGAGAGGAUGGCCAAAAGUUUGAAGUCAUAUAAAUGGAUAGAUUUGUAUGAGGCAAAAUCAGAAGACAUUGCUGAGCAUGAGAAGAAGACAGCUGCCAGAAUUAAGCAACUAUACAAUAAAGAAACUGCACGAAAACAGAGUCGGCAAGUGCAGCUUUGCGCCAAGGUUCCACCUUCAAAAAAUAAAAGAAGCUUUUGUGGAGGUAGUGGACCUGGCCACAAUGUUUCACACUUUAGGAGCAAUUUGAUGAAGAAGUCAAAAAUAGAUCUUCUUAACAGUCGUGAGGUGAAGAAUCUUGCAGCUAUGAAGAAAAAUACAUACCAGAGAAACGAUGGGAAAGCGCCUCUCCCAUGAUGAAAGCAGCUCAGUUCUCUGGGAAAGAUUCUGCUACGACUUCUAAACCUUUCAAGCCUGUACACAGAAGAAUUUAGAAGCAUGUUUUCUGAGUCCUGGCGCUGCAAUGAAGUGUGCUAUCUUGGACGGUAUCCUUGCUAGCUAAGCUUUGCAACAUUUCUUCUCCGACUUAGCUCCAUUUCUAAACAAUACGCCCAAUCUUGUUGGCCAGGUGAUCAUUAUAUAUUUAUCCCCUUGGUUUUACGUGUAUCUUCCACCCUUUCUUACAUCCCAAUAAUGAAUAUUUGGUUGUUUCACGAUAUUUUCUUCUAGUCCAAGUUGUAACUAACUAGUUACUUGUUGGAAUCCGAUUUGUUUUCAUUUGGAAAAUUUACCCUUAUAUCACAUAAUUGUGAUUCCUCUAAAAUUA